AACACGUGGACCUUGAACGACCCCGACCCGACCCGGCAGAUGCUUUAUCACCGCCUCGUACUCCCUUCCAUCCUGCACCACAAAAACACUUCACCGGCCGUCGUAUAAUUCCGGUCGCCGGCGGCUUUUUUUUAAAUUUUUUUAUUUAAAUCUCUUGGUUAAAACCGUAAUCGGAGCCUACAAUGACGGUAUCGGACGACGAAGACGAGAGCCUCGCACAAUACCUGGAAUCCGAAGUCCUCUCCGAGGUCUCAGAUCAGGAAGAGGUGAAAGCGGAGGAGGAAUCGGAGCGGCAGCCGAAGAGGUUGCGCGUGGGGAAAGGCGUAGUAGUAGAUGAAGGGAAUUCGGGCGUAUCAGCGACCGCGAGUGUAGAGAUAGGGUUCUUCAGCAAGAUCCCUCCGGAACUCUCCCAUCGCAUCCUCAAAUUCCUGUCCUCCGAGGAUCUUGUUUCUUGUUCGCUGGUUUGUAGAUUCCUCAACUAUGCAGCUUCAGAUGAGUCACUGUGGCGUCGCCUGUACUGCAUGCGUUGGGGUCUGCUGCCCCCUACAAAAAAGUUGCGGGAAUGUGCUUGGAAAAAGCUUUACAUUCAGCGCGAUGAAGAGGACAUGGUUGAAUUUGUUAGGAAUUGCCCCUCCGAGUUCAAAGAGUAUUACAUCCAAAUGCAGGCAGCAAAGAGAAGCCAAGCACCUCUUCCAUCUCAGGUGAAUGAUGACCGGACUAUACUUGACAAGACUCUCGCUGAUCAAGUGUCUACAUGGAAAAAGAGCAGAGGCCUGACUGAUAAGGUGGUCCCCAACCAUGAUUGCUCUGGAGAAACAUGUACUUACUACCAAAUUGGGGAUGUUUUUGUUUGUGAGAAGACCGGACAAGUUCAUGUUUGUGAUGAUACAUGCAGAGAAGCUGUUUUGGACCCUACAAAUGAGCUUUUGGUUUGCACAAUAUCCGGGCACUGUUUUGAUCUACUAGUGUCGCCAGCUGAAAUGGAGCCAGACACUGAACAGCAGCAAGGCGGUGUUACAGAUGAAGCCGAACCAUUCAUGGGGUCUGGCCGUUUUGCACGGGCUUAUCUUUUGGGAUAUAAUUGUGCUGAUGAGAGGGAGCUAAAUGCUGCUUUGAGGUUCUGCUGAUCUAAAUCGCUUUCAGUUGAUGUUCUGGAAGCUGAGAAAUGGCAUUUUAAAUCUUGUUACCUUAUUGUAGAGCUCUUUAAUAGUUCAUAACCAAAUACUAUGUAUGAAACUGUGGAUUAGCCAUUUAGUCUUAGUUGCUGGAGGGUAUUUACGUUUUCUUUUUGCUGCUAUCUUCUCUACAAAUCAAUGAUCCAAACACAUCGUUAUAGUAAAUGGCUAUUUGCCAUUUACUGGUUUUUGAUGGUA